CCUAUAUUGCCUAAACAAGCCCAGCAUUGUGCAGAAUGACUAAGUAUUGUAUAGAAUAACUGAAUUUACACAUUACCGUUAACAGUAUGAUACUUAAUAAGCACAUUACAUGAGUUCCAUUAGUUUCCCUCAUAAUGGCUUUCAAAAGAAUUGGAUUCUUUUUAGAAACAGUCUUAAUAUUGAUAAAAUGCUCUACAGUGCGCUAUGGUCUUGGUGUCACCCGAGAAGUGGGGCUAGACUUGGUGAAUCUUGGAGUUAAAAAUGUCUGUGUCAUGACAGACUCAAACCUAGUCUCUUUAAGCCCUGUGCAAGCUGUUUUAGACUCACUGACACGGAAUGGUAUAAACUAUAAAGUCUAUGAUAAAGUUCGUGUCGAGCCUACUGAUACAAGUUUCAAAGAUGCAAUCCAGUUCGCCAAAGACGGCAACUUUGAUAGUUUCGUUGCCGUCGGUGGCGGGUCCGUGAUGGACACUUGUAAGGCUGCCAAUUUGUACUACAGUGAUCCAGCUGCGGAAUUCCUAGACUACGUCAAUGCUCCUGUGGGGAAAGGCAAGCCAGUUCAGGUACAAUUGAAGCCGAUGAUUGCGAUUCCAACAACAAGCGGCACGGGCAGUGAAACGACAGGCGUUUCGAUAUUCGAUUAUGAAGAGAUACACGCCAAGACCGGUAUAUCACACGGAGCUCUACGCCCCAUCCUAGCGAUCAUUGACCCUCUCCACACCCUGAGCUUGCCUGAAAAAGUGUCCAAUUACUGUGGCUUUGACAUCUUUUGCCAUGCAUUGGAAAGUUUCACUGCAAUACCGUACACAGAGCGAGGACCUGCUCCUUUAAAUCCAUCUUUGAGACCAGCCUAUCAGGGUAGCAAUCCUAUAUCCGACGUAUGGGCCCGAUUUUGUCUGCAGUCCCUGAAGAAUUACUUUGCUCGUGCAGUAUACCAGCCGGACGAUAUCGAAGCGCGAUCAACCAUGCACCUAGCUGCCACAAUGGCGGGUGUGGGAAUCGGGAACGCAGGUGUGCAUUUGUGUCACGGUCUGGCGUAUCCUAUUGCUGGAAAUGUUAAGAGUUUCGUCCCUAAAGACUAUGGGAGUGAACCAAUAAUACCUCACGGUCUUUCCGUAGUUGUAACAGCUCCCGCUGUCUUCCGAUUUACCGCAUCCAGUGACCCUGACAAACACUUAGAAGCCGCGAGCCUUCUAGGCACACAAACUACCGGAAUCAAACAGGCAGAUGCUGGUAAAGUGUUAGCGGACACUAUUCUGAAGUACAUGGAAGUAAUGAAGAUCGAAAAUGGACUCUGUGGUUUAGGGUAUAAAAGAGAUGAUAUUCCAGAUCUUGUUAAAGGAGCCUUGCCACAGGACCGUCUAUUAAAAAUAGCGCCAUUGCCACAGUCUGAAGAAGACUUAUCAAAAUUACUCGAGGACUCGAUGACUAUUUACUGAUUC